AUGAGGAGUUUUAUAGUCACGGUGGCCUUAUGCUUGGUGGUGACGAAUGGAGCACCUGCGUCGCAGAGUGAAUUAACUUCAGCAGCUGCUGCCUCUGAAAAAGCCUCUUCAGAUACGGCCACAGACGUCUCAACGAAAGGAGGUGACGGAGAAGGCAUUGAAGAAAGGACUUUCGGAUUCGGAAGGCCCGGAUUCGGACGUCCCGGCGGAUUCGGAAGGCCCGGAUUCGGACGUCCCGGAGGAUUCGGAGGCUACGGUGGUGUUGGUGGAUACGGUGGGGGAUACGGCGGUGGAUACGGUGGGGGAUACGGCAGUGGAUACGGCGGUGGACUCGGCGGAGGAUACGGCGCUGGACUCGGCGGGGGAUACGGCGCUGGCCACGGGGGCGGCUAUGGCGGCGGUCAUUACCAACACGGCUUCAAUCAGGGAUCAGGAGCUUCCGGUCAAUUCCAAAAUCAGGGCGCCUUCGGAUACAACAGAGGGUCGUCCUCAUCGAACGUUUACGGAAAUAGGGAAACGUACGGAGAGUCGACCCAAUUCGGCCUGAACCAGGCGUUAGGCCAACAGGCCUCGCAGGGUCAAAGUUCCUACGGCAAUCAAUUCAGUGGAGGGCAAUUCGCGCAAGGUGGCAACCAAUACGGACAAGGAAUCGGUUUUGGUCGUUAGAAGGCUCACAAGACUCGUUCACUUAAUAAAGUUCCUCCGACAGAAAAUAUUUAUUCU